AUGUCUUCUUCAAGACAUGCCAAGGAAGUGGCAUUGAUUUCUCAUAUUGGGAAGUUGAAAGAUUUUCUUCUGCAACACAGAAAGGAUUACAUUAAUGCUUACAGCCAUAUUAUGUCUGAAUAUGUGAGGAUGACAGACACAGAGCGUGAUCAGAUAGAUCAAGAUGCUCAGAUAUUUAUGAGGACCUGCGCUGAUGCCAUUAAUCAGCUGAGAACAGAAGCACACAAGGGUGUCCAGUCUGCUCAGGUGAAGGAGCACAGAACAGCUGUCUUGGACUUCAUUGAAGAUUACUUAAAAAGAGUGUGCAAGCUGUACUCUGAACAAAGAGCCAUCCGAGUUAAGCGAGUGAUAGAUAAGAAGAGACUGUCCAGACUUGAACCUGAGCAAAGCACCGUCUCCAAAUCACCUCUUUCCCCUGAAAAAUCUUCACAGAAUCCUUUAGAUGAUUCUGAUGAAAAACUUUCUGCUGAGGAAAGCAAAGACAGGAAUCUGCAUGAUACCCAAAGUAACCUUGGAUUAUGGGGGAAUGGCAAAGAUGAAGAUGAGCUGUCUCCGGAAGAAAUACAAAUGUUUGAACAGGAGAACCAGAGACUCAUUGGUGAAAUGAACAAUCUCUCUGAUGAAGUCAGACAAAUUGAAGGAAAAGUGGUGGAAAUAUCCAGAUUACAAGAGAUAUUCACUGAAAAGGUCCUGCAGCAGGAAACUGAUAUAGAUAAUAUCCAUCAAUUAGUUGUGGGUGCAACAGAGAAUAUCAAAGAAGGCAAUGAAGACAUAAGAGAGGCCAUCAAAAACAAUGCUGGAUUUAGAGUAUGGAUCCUGUUCUUCCUUGUGAUGUGUUCAUUUUCCUUGCUUUUCCUGGACUGGUAUGAUAAUUAAUUAAAAAUAUUGUCUACCUGCUUUUUUUG